UGUUCCUACACGCGCGCUCCGUUCCAAGAUCCAAACCAACCAAUCCCGCAAUUCUCUUUCGACCUGCUCCUGCCUCGACGAGAUCAUGGCCGGGAAAGGAGACGGCCCGGCGAUCGGCAUCGACCUCGGCACCACCUACUCCUGCGUCGGCGUCUGGCAGCACGAUCGCGUCGAGAUCAUCGCCAACGAUCAGGGCAACCGCACCACGCCCUCCUAUGUCGGCUUCACCGACUCCGAGCGCCUCAUCGGCGACGCCGCCAAGAACCAAGUCGCCAUGAACCCCAUCAACACCGUCUUCGACGCGAAGCGGCUCAUCGGCCGGCGUUUUUCGGACGCGUCGGUCCAGAGCGACGCCAAGCUGUGGCCGUUCAAGGUCAUCCCUGGCCCCGGCGACAAGCCCAUGAUCGGCGUGCAGUACAAGGGCGAGGACAAGCAGUUCUCGGCCGAGGAGAUCUCCUCCAUGGUGCUCAACAAGAUGAAGGAGACGGCCGAGGCCUACCUCGGCACGACCAUCAAGAACGCCGUCGUCACCGUCCCCGCCUACUUCAACGACUCCCAGCGCCAGGCCACCAAGGACGCCGGCGUCAUCUCGGGCCUCAACGUCAUGCGCAUCAUCAACGAGCCCACGGCCGCGGCCAUCGCCUACGGCCUCGACAAGAAGUCGACCAGCGUCGGCGAGAAGAACGUGCUCAUCUUCGAUCUCGGAGGCGGCACCUUCGAUGUCUCCCUCCUCACCAUUGAGGAGGGCAUCUUCGAGGUCAAGGCCACCGCCGGUGACACCCACCUGGGAGGCGAGGACUUUGACAACCGGAUGGUCAACCACUUCGUGCAGGAGUUCAAGCGCAAGAACAAGAAGGACAUCAGCGGCAACCCGAGGGCGCUCCGGCGGCUCAGGACGGCGUGCGAGAGGGCGAAGAGGACCCUCUCCUCCACUGCCCAGACCACCAUCGAGAUCGACUCCCUCUUCGAGGGCAUCGACUUCUACACCACCAUCACCCGCGCCCGGUUCGAGGAGCUCAACAUGGACCUCUUCCGCAAGUGCAUGGAGCCCGUCGAGAAGUGCCUCCGCGACGCCAAGAUGGACAAGAGCACCGUGCACGACGUCGUGCUCGUAGGAGGGUCCACCCGUAUCCCUCGCGUGCAGCAGCUCCUCCAGGACUUCUUCAACGGCAAGGAGCUCUGCAAGAGCAUCAACCCUGACGAGGCCGUCGCGUACGGCGCCGCCGUCCAGGCCGCCAUCCUCACCGGCGAGGGCAACGAGAAGGUCCAGGACCUGCUCCUGCUCGACGUCACGCCGCUGUCCCAGGGCCUGGAGACUGCUGGAGGUGUCAUGACCGUGCUGAUCCCCCGGAACACCACCAUCCCCACCAAGAAGGAGCAGGUCUUCUCCACCUACUCUGACAACCAGCCCGGCGUGCUCAUCCAGGUGUAUGAGGGCGAGAGGGCGAGGACCAAGGACAACAACCUGCUUGGCAAGUUCGAGCUGUCUGGCAUCCCUCCGGCACCCAGGGGCGUCCCCCAGAUCACUGUUUGCUUCGACAUUGAUGCCAACGGUAUUCUGAACGUCUCAGCUGAGGACAAGACCACCGGCCAGAAGAACAAGAUCACCAUUACCAAUGACAAGGGGCGCCUCAGCAAGGAGGACAUUGAGAAGAUGGUGCAGGAGGCCGAGAAGUACAAGGCUGAGGACGAGGAGCACAAGAAGAAGGUGGACUCGAAGAACGCCCUGGAGAACUACGCCUAUAACAUGCGCAACACCAUCAAGGAUGACAAGAUCGCCUCCAAGCUCCCAGAGGCUGACAAGAAGAAGAUCGAGGACGCUAUUGAUGGCGCCAUUAGCUGGCUCGACAACAACCAGCUUGCCGAGGCCGACGAGUUUGAUGACAAGAUGAAGGAGCUGGAAGGCAUUUGCAACCCCAUCAUCGCCAAGAUGUACCAAGGCGCCGGGGCUGAAAUGCCCGGUGGUAUGGAUGAGGAUGUUCCGCCCAGUGCUGCCGGCGGCAGCAGCGGCCCAGGGCCCAAGAUCGAGGAGGUCGACUAGAUGAUAGAGGAGGAAUCUUGGAAUAAUUUGUCGCUCUUUUAUGGUGGACUUUAGUAUCGUUCUGCAAUUUUAAUUUUUGGUACGGGCAUAUAUAAGUGCCCCAUCUUAUGUUUUAAGUUUGAAACAAUUAUAUCUAGUAAUACUAGACAGUAUGCCACUUUUUCUGCAA